UGUUUUUUGUAAAACCAGGAAUCCCGACACCUAUUACCUGGUCUUACCUUGCGGAGACUGUGAGUGCAGGAGAUACUGAACUCACCCUCAUGGAUUCUGUUAAUUGGAGGAUUGGCGAUCACAUUGUCCUUGCUUCUACUGGAACCAGGCACAAGCAAACUCAAAAUGAAGAGGUGGAAAUCACAGGUUUCUCCAAUGAUAAUAUGACAAUUGAGUUCACCCCUGCAGUGGAGUUUGAUCACAUCUCUGUGUCUCAGGUGAUUGAUGGUGUCCUAGUGGAGACGAGAGGUGAGGUCGGACUACUCACCCAUAAUGUCAAGAUUAGAGGAUCCGUCCAUGAGGAAUGGGUGGAAGAAGUAGAGGCAUGCCCAGAUGAAUUUGACACAAAGAGAUAG